GUCGGCAUUGAAUCUACUAGGCCGACGCCACGUAUCCAGCCGCUGUUGUACCUUUUGCCUCUUCAGAAUGAAACGGCUCUUCGUUCUUCUGCCGCUGCUCGUCGGUUUUGAUCCCACGUAUUCAGCUCCAUCAUGCCGUGACACGAGCAAUCAUCUGUAUGACGAAAGAGAGUUUACCUGCUUCAGCUUCAGCAAGGCGGAAGACUUCCAGCAGUACGUACCGAAAGACCUUAAUUUUCCUCGGCUUCGGUUUGUCCUGAAGGAAUGUCUGCUAGACCACGUUCCCGGAGCGGCCUUGGCGGGAAUUCCAGCCUUGUCCUUGGAUUUUGACAACUGCAAGGCCAAAUCGUUCUCCCUGUCGGCAGCCGCAGAAUCGAACCCUUUCCACGGACUUGAAGAGACUGUAUCUCGAAUGGGGUUCAUGCACAACAGCAGCAUUCCCGAGUCCUGGAGCUUGCUCAAAGACCUGAGCAGACUCAAGGAACUGGCUUUCUAUCAGAUGGCCGGCCUGGACCUAACACCCGAUUUCAACAGCCUUCCUCAGAGCGUGAGGCGUGUGCUCAUAUUCCGUUCCACAAUCGCUAGGGUGAGCGAACGCUGGUUGGCGUCGAUGCAAAACCUCGAGGAAGUCUGGAUCCAGGAGAGUAACCUCAAGUUCUUCUCAAGGUCAAUGCUCCCCAGACCUGCUCCUAAGCUUUGGAGGCUGCACUUGCAGGGAUGCUUCCUGUCAAGUCUUCCGAGGGACUUUAGCGAUGACCUACCUGUGAUGCGACACCUGAGCCUCGAAGACAACCAGAUCACGACGUUCGAGGAAGAGAGCCUGGCCCCGCUCAAGGCGGAACGCACCUACGUGGGACUCUACGGAAAUCCGGUUCACUGCGACUGCAAGAUCAAGUUCCUCGUGGGUUACUCGGAGCACUGGCGCUUCCCGCUCUGCAAGACGCCGGACGCCCUGGCCGGAGUACGAAUCAACGAACUGACUGAGCACCAGCUGAACUGCACCGCUUCCACGACAAACUCACCCUUCCUAACCACCAGUCCAGCUGGCGUUGGCGGGGGUCUCUUUGAUUUCUUUGGCAAUGAAGAGUAAACGGUUAAAACUGCAGCCGUACCGACGUCGAGAUUCUAAUCGAUAGAUGAAAAUAAAAUACACAUAAGCCCCGUGGUACUUUCAUUAAA